GGAUUGCUUGUAGUAGCUAAACGAGGGCAUGAGUUGUUGAAUGACCUUUCCUAGCAAAUUGUUUGCAAUCAAUCUUAUCUCCUAUCUGAAGUAGAAGUCUUCUCUUCGUAAAUCCCUCUAGAAUAACUUAUGGCUCGCUAUUAUCAUCACGUAACAGCCGAGUAAUUGGGAGUCUAAUCGUGGACGAGCUGCGAAUCAGAGCUUAGUGAACUGCGCUUUUUUUUUCAUUUAACUGCAAGUGGAAGUAUUUGUGUAGUCGAGGAUUUGUGGAAGGCGCGUUCAGGGACUGGUCAAUUUGUUGUUUCACGAUGAAAUUUACCUGAUUUUCCCCCCUUCCCCCAUCCUCCUCCAUUAGCAGUUAAUUUUCUAUGAUCCCCCUUUAAACUCUGUUAAUGACAAGUCAUCCCCCCCCCAAUGACUGUUCCCUUAAAUAAAUAGAUACAAAAACAAACAAACAAACAAACUAUAGAGGACUCUUUCAGGUAUCAGUUUUCUUUAAGUUUUCAUUUUAGUCCGCCUGAAAAUGAAUUCUAUGGUGGAGCAAAGAACUCUUUAGAUAAGCUUUAGCUCAGGGAUUUAACUCCGAAUGAACCAGCUGUUUUCUCUAUCCUAGAAACAAAGAAAAUGGAUCUCCUCGACAGGAUAGAAUUCCUUAAAUCAACGAUUUAUCAUCUGCAGCAGGGGAACUUAGUUCAAGCGAAAAAAUCACUACAAAAAAAUCAUCAGUAUUUCCAAGACUUGACGCCAUGUGAGUUAUCAAAACAAACUUUACAGGAGAUAGAGGUAAUAAACAAGGCAGAGGAAAUAUCGAUAGGGAACGUGGCGUGGAGUCUUCGAACUGGGGCAAUUUUGUUGCCCCAAACGUCUUCUAAGAACAACGUCUUUGUCCGCUUUGUCAAUGUCGUUGGUGCUGUAGCUUUAAUCACGAUUUAUGUUGAUAUAGCUGAGAAAGUACUUGACCAGUUAAAAGAGUACAUUGAGCAAGCUGAAGAAUCGGUUGUAAGCCUUGGCGUUGCCCUCAAUAACUUAGGUUGCGUUUAUAUAGUCAAAGGAAGUUAUCAAAAAGCAAAGUUUAGUCUCCAAAGAGCUCUUGAGGUAGUCAAAGAAGGAAAACAGUGUGUCACAGCUGAGGAGACAAUCGUAACGAUAGGUAACAACUUACGACUAGUGUAUCAAGCUCAGAGGAGCCAUAUAGCUGACUUCCAAUUGCAAAAUGUAAGCCGCUUCCCCAUACAACCAAGAAUUAUUGCAGUAGUUUAUUACAAUGAAGCCCUAACCUCUGUGUAUAAUAGAAAUCUCAGAAGAGCUUUAGGCGAGCUUGAGAACUUGAAAAAAUUUUGUGAAACAGAAUUAGAUCAAAGUAAGGGACUGUUAACCUGCAUUUUGUUAAAAAUCCGUUCAGUUUGUUUGAUGCUACAAGCCUCUAAUGCAAGCACGACAGCUAUUGACUCUAAGAUUUUGACCUUGCAAGGGCUGAAGGAACUUGUUGAUGUAAGUACAGACUUUUCCUUAGACUUCUUAGUCACAAUUGUGGAGACUGUGGCCGACAUUCACCUUUAUCAAGGUAAUCUUGACCUCGUCUGUAGUUAUUUCUCCUAUCUUGUACCGGUUGUUCGUGAACGAUGUGGUGCGGAUCACCCAACACUUGCUUCUAUACUGUCAAAGCAGGGAAUUGUUUUCCUCCACUUGGAAAACGUUGCACACUCCAGGCAAUGUUUCACCGCUGCAUUAGAGAUUUUCACAGGAACUUUUGGUGCUGUUCACCCUGAUGUUCUCGAAUGCAAUGCAGGUCUUGCGAGGCUGGAAUUACUGGCUGGAUCUGAAGAAAAAUCUAUAAUACAUAGUCAGAGAGUUCUGGAAAAUGUAGAGAGAAUUUGCCAGGUCUCAUUUGAGCGUCAACUGAAGCCAAACGUCUUAGAAUUGUAUCAAAGAGGCAGAAGAGCACUUUCUCCUGAUACAGAUGGCGAAGAGCAAGGAAAGUGUCAAAGUCUGGCUUCCGAGUUUGGGGUGGAAAUAGCCCGGGUUCUCAACCAGUAUCAACCGGGUGAUCUCGACGAUUGUCCAGGAGUACACUUAGAUAGUGAGGAUUGUGUGGAUUCCUCCGUCUCCCAGCUUCCCGAAGACCUAUGUGCAAAGCUGUGUUUUAACUGGCUGAAAGCUGGUCUUCGUUUGUUUAAUCUUGGAGUUAAACAAAGUGUCGCUUUUCUCUUUCUCUCGUGUACAUAUGCAAGUAUGCUUUAUGAUCAUUGUGAUUGUUCUGAAGUCAUUCUAGUGAAAGUAAUUUUCCUUGUGUGUCAUCUCAAAUCCAAGACGAGUCAAACCUUCCCGGAAGUUCAAGAGAGAUUAAAAACUGAAUUCGGACGGUUGAAGAACUUCAUUGAGGAAAAAGCGAACAGAGUUGAUAAACCAGGAAGGAAAACUAUAUUUUUUGACAAAAAUACAAAUUUGAUGAUCGCUUUAGCACUAGUCCUUCAGUCUUUUAUAGAAAUGGAAAUGUACGAGAUGGUGAACACUGUGCAUAGUUUGUUUACUUUACUGUCAAACCAACAGUCUCCGCAGAUAACUCAUGUAUUGCUCGUUGAAGAGAUUCGGUUUGCGCUUUAUAUUUCAAACAUACAAUGUCGUGGCAAACAAUUCAUGCAUGACCUAAUUUUUUUGACGCCUCUUGGCGUGAUGUACAAUCGAAAAAUCACUGACAAAAACGAUGAAGAUGCUCCCUAUAACUUUCAAAGUAAGGAGCUUACAAAAUCUCAACAUGAAGAUGACAACUUGGGAGAAAGGGGAUCGACGAAAAUUUUCAAAACUUUGGUGCUCAAAUCUGACAAUACUCAGUGGAAAGGACCUUGCAGAUUCCUCGUGGAGUGUCCAAUAACUCGUGGAAUUGAUGUUUCAGCACUUAAUCACAUAAACGCGUUUAGCGUGAACGCAUUAGAAGACAGUCUGCCCCAUUUGCUCUUAUGCAGUCAUCAGAAUAUAGAAUUUUCGACACAGUAUUUUAUAGAACUGGAACUCCUAGACUCAUCGGAGACCUCUCUCUCUGGGAUUUAUGGUCGUUUUUCCCUUUUGAAACUCUUGCUAUCAGCCGCUAAGGAUAGAUCAGAAUUUGAAACGCAAUCUCCGGUUCUCGUCAACACAGAGAACACUUGUGAAGGAAGCCUAGAAUUUAUUUUACAAGACAUAGUAUUUGCGAAGUUAUUAUUCGGAAAGCUUUUAAAGCAAAUUUUAACCAAUGAGGACGAGCUUGGUGAGGUUGUGAAUGUGGUUGUCAAAGAUAGCCAGCUCGUGUUCAUAAUCCAAGGUCCACCUAUUGGGCAAAUCGUUAUGCAGUGUCAUGAAAACACCAUCAAAGUGAGGACCCAGUUGAUUCACUUAUCUCAAAGCCUAAGAAAAGUGGAGAUUGUCCAAGAAGAAGUUCCACUGUGCAAUUGCUCUCUUAUUGAGAUGGUCAUCGCUGACAAAAUGGAAAAAUGUGCUCGUAAUUUUGGAAUUCAUUUCGAGACACAAAGUGAUAAGUCCCGGUGUAUUGCGUCAAAUCUGCUUGGAAACGCAAGGGAUAUUUCAAUGAGAGGGCACCAGAUGCUGGAACUGCAGCAUAAAGCCGAACGUCCAGGGCGCUUUACUUCUCCUCCACCCUUGCCUCUCAGACAGUCGUUCCUGUCGGAAUCAUGGACACAAACAGAUUCCUUGAGUAUUCCUUCAACAUCUGAUCUUAGUACCCAAACAGAUCUCAGUCACUCUGAUGAGUCUAAAAACGCGGUAGAGCCCACAUCAUCAUCUAGUGAAGUAAGUUCGUCAUCAUCAUUACCUUCAUCGUCAUUUUCAUUAUCAUCUUCAUCGUCAUCAUUAUCUUCACCAUCAUCAUCCUCCGGUGAAGAAAGUACUGAAGAGAUCUCCAGUGGGCCAAGGUCAGAACCAGCAGAGAAAGGUAAAUCUUCAGUGCAUUCCGUCUCUUCCUGUGCCUCAGAAUUAAAGAAAAGUGGAAGAGAAGUUCCAAAAUUUGCAAAUUCAGAGGAAGAGAGCUUCAGCAUGGCUUAUCCCAGUGUUUUAGAAUUCAAAUACACUAGCAAUGACACAGAGAAAGGUGAAACAAAUCAACCACCACCAGUAUUACCAUUAAACUUGAAAGUUGAGACGAAUGGUAAAUUAUGUGAGAGUAAAAAACACCUUGACAAGUGUAUUCACACCGAUGAUUGGCUAAGGCAUUCUAUGGAUGAUGAAGUUGAUGGUUCAGUGAAAAGCGCCGCGCGUAAUAUAACUGAAAUUCAAAAUUGUCAACCUCAUUCCUCGACAGGAUCUGUUGAACCACCUUUUCAAAGGGAACGUGCUGUAGCUGACAACCUUCCACGACUGAAUACCGAUAAGAUGAAGCGACAUGGUGGUGCCGUUGCCGCUGCCACAACCAGUCGGUGUAAUGAUGACACGGAUGAAGACCGACCAAAUAAAGAAUGUAAAAUCCAUUCGAGGCCGCUGAAGGUUUCUCAAGAGAGGAAAAGCAUGAAUGAAGGGGAUCUAUCAGGAAGAACUCAAAACACAAGACAUGGGACAUUUCUAGGCUUUGAAGGUGGAGGACAAGAUCCAUCUUGCUCCGAGAGGGGAUUAAGUUACAAGAAUCUUGAAUCGAUUUCUUACUGGAACGACAAAGACGCAAAGCCUGAGAAGGUUCGACCACGAGGAGAUGAUAUGCAAAACACCAUAGAUGAAAAAGAAUCAAAUUCCUUUGGUAUAAAUCCUUGCUUCCUUGCUCGUCACGCAGAUGACAGUAGCAUUACCACUGCUAUCGAUGACAUAGGGAAUACAAAGGAAAAUGCCAAUGGAUGGUCUUCCAAAACCUUCUCAAGGCAUCAAGGGUCGUCUUGUUUCAACAAUGAGCAAGGCUCUCAAAGUAUAUACUCCUUUCAAGCGCCAUCGUUUGGAUCUGGACAUCUCCAAACCCUUUCCAGUGAUGUCCCGGGAAUUGUAGUGGUACCUCCGUAUGCUGUGGCCAACGAUGACACGCUGUUGGCCCAAACACCCCUUUCGCCACAACAGAGAAAAGUCAAUAAUCAAUGUACUGAUCCUGUGGUACAACGGGAGAGAAACUGUGAUUUUAAAGUAAUGAAUGGAAAUCCUGCGCGUGUAACUAAUACCACCACAAUUACACAAGGAAUGGUCUCUCCUGAAACGGAAAUCUCGGCUCUACCACAAGGAGCCAAGAACAGAAAUCUGACAUGGGAAAGAAGGACAGUUGCAAAUCAGGACACUGAUAAUCAAGGGCCAUUGGGUGUCUUGAACAAUAGUUCGUUACAGUCAUGUGAUGAUUCCUUAGCUGACCUGGAGCGAAGAGUGGCUGAAACUUGUUCCUUUGUCCAAAACACCUUGAAAGAAAGGGAAGUAAAAGAAAAGGCGAUGAAAGAAAAAGAGCGAAGAAAAAAAGAAGAGCGAGCCAGGAAAGAGCAACAAGCACGUGAAAGAAGAGAGAGGGAGGCAAGAGAAGUAUGACAAACGGAGUGCAGCAAUGACACAGAAGAAGCCAGAAACCCGACGAGC